ACUGUCUCAACGAAACAACAGUAUUUCACUAUAUCAGCCAGUUUCUGUGGAAGACGCUCCUUCUCAUUCUCUUUUGCCCAAGUAUCAGCCGUCAUGAUGUCCACUCUCAUCCCAAGAAUUGCCCGCUCAGGCGUCCGUAUUUCCCGAACCGCUCCUCUGCCCAAUCCCUCUCGAGUCGCGAUACGAGCGGCGUCGACGACCUCGAAACAUCCUGCCAACUUCACCCCUCCCACCACCGAAGACCUGUACGAACUGCGGGAGCGCGUCCAGGAAUUCACCCGUCGCGAGAUCCCCGAAGAAUUGGCCGCACGGACGGACCGAGAAAAUGACUUCCCGCACUUCAUGUGGAAGAAGCUGGGCGAGGCCGGCUUCCUGGGCCCGACGGCCGACGAGGAGUACGGCGGUCUGGGCAUGGGGUAUCAGGCACACAGUGUGAUCAUGGAGGAGAUCUCGCGGGCGUCGGGGUCCAUCGGGCUGAGCUACGCGGCUCACUCGCAGCUGUGCGUGAACCAGCUCUCGCUGAACGGGAACAAGGAGCAAAAGGAACGGGUCCUGCCCGGCCUGAUCAGCGGGGACAAGGUGGGCGCGCUGGCUAUGUCGGAACACUCGGCGGGCAGCGACGUCGUGAGCAUGAAGACCACGGCCAAGGCCGUGGACGGGGGCUACCGCCUGAACGGGACCAAGAUGUGGAUCACCAACGGGCCCGAGGCGGACUACAUCGUCGUGUACGCCAAAACGGAGCCCGAGAAGAAGAGCAGGGGCAUUACGGCCUUCAUCGUGGAAAGGGCCUUUGAGGGCUUCUCGGUCGCCAGGAAGCUGGACAAGCUGGGCAUGCGCGGCUCCAACACCGGCGAACUCGUCUUUGACAACGUCUUCGUGCCCAAGGAGAACGUCCUGGGCGAGGUCAACAAGGGCGUCACGGUGCUGAUGGAAGGGCUGGACCUCGAGAGACUGGUCCUCAGCGCGGGACCGUUGGGGAUCAUGCAGGCCUGCCUGGACCUGGUUCUGCCGUACACACACCAGAGGAAGCAAUUCGACACCCCCAUUGCCCACAAUCAACUGGUCCAGGGCAAACUGGCAGAUAUGUAUACCAAGCUUCAAGCCGCGAGAGCGUAUACCUACACCACGGCGAAGAAGGUUGACGAGGAAGGCGAGAUCCGUACGCAGGACUGUGCAGGCGCGAUUCUUUACGCCGCCGAAAGAGCUAGCGAAUGCGGGCUGGACGCGAUUCAGUUGAUGGGCGGGAAUGGCUACGUCAACGAAAUCCCGGCUGGGAGGUUGUUGAGGGAUGCGAAACUAUAUGAGAUCGGUGCCGGCACCAGCGAGAUCAGGAGGAUGGUCAUCGGAAGGGCGUUCAACAAGGAGUAUGCUGACCAAAGCAUUUGAGGCCUUUCAAGAUCACAUUAUCUUUUCAGGGCGGUGGGAUCAUUCAUCCAAAAAGACCACCACUAGCUAUCCAAAAGCAAGGCGACUCUGGCCCUUCUCGACCUUUGAGCCACGCCCUCGAGAACUACUCGAAGCGCCGCGCUUCGACUUGGGAUUGGGCGGACCAGGGGGACGACUAUUCGUUGGGCCAGUCACAGAGAGCGUAUCUUGAGCUUGAAGAUCUUUGGCAAAGUGCCAGUCUUCAUGCUCACCUCGCUCGGUUUCAUUGAUCGAUUUCUGGCACGUCUGACAGAAAUAAGUGGCGAUGUCUUGUUGGUGCAAUUGAGGUGGGGGAUGGCUGUUCCCUCGGUGGUCCUUCUCAUCAUCGCCGCCUCCUCCGCCCAUAUCCUCGUCUUGGAGAUGAGCUGGGGAUUCGUCUUCGCCUUCCUCGGUGCUCUCACCUUUGGGAAAGAAGCGAGCAAUGCUAGGGGGACCUUCGUUCAACCUUCGCCGCUUCUCAGGCCGCCCUUCGUCGAAAUCCGGUGUUGCAGUGUUACUUCGGUGUGGGACAUCCAUGGCAGCCCUGGCCUCGUCUCCCCUCAGCAGGAACAUAUCAAUACCUUUAUUACCUGACAGACCCUCUUCGAAUCCUCCAACACUGAGCGAUAGGUUUGCGCACGGCCAGGCUCGCCCAUCAACAAUGACCUGUCCAAGCAAGGUUUUUGCGAGUUCGAAAAGCAUCAUCUCGUCGAUCUUCUUGCCUCCUGGGAUCGGUAGCUGUUUUGACCUCGUCUGUCCGCCUUGCCGGUGAUGCAGAGUGAUGGUCUUGGGUCUUCUCUUGUUCUCGAGCACGCCUUCCUCGACCAAGCGAGCAUAGAUGUCUGCUACAAAGAUUGUUAGCCAUUUAUUUGCCUGCUCCGUUGUAUUGAUAGAAGGUCUGAAGGAUUUGGCAGAUAGCAUUGAUUUGAUCUGCGUACGCGAACUGACUUCGCUGUUGUCCUCGCCACGAAUGGUCCCAUAGAGCCACGUCCCCGUGUCAGCGCCCAGCUUGGCCUUGAGUUGUUCGAGAGGAAUUUUCAAUAGAUCUGUGACGUCGUCGAUAUUGAACGUGUCGACGACAUGGUCCCCGAGUUUACCGCCCAGAUUGCGUAUCUUGGUGAAUUUGAAGCCGGACAAGAAGUGUUGGACCGCCCGGUUCCGGACAAUGGUCUGCUGGUUGGGUUUUUUGUAUCCAGCACCGAGCUUGGCCAUCAUCUUGUUACGCG